CUGCGUCUGUGUCGAUUUAGAGACUAUCUCCAUAGUCGGGUCGUGCAGUGUAUAGGCUAAUGAGAGAUGGACCGUGCACUUCCGAGAAGCGAAGGAACGAAGCAGUGACACUAGCUGAAGUCCCAGUCUCUUUUAGUGAAAUUAAGGCACAUAUCGAGUUGCUGAAUAUACUAAAGACAACCAGAAUAGUUGUACUUCUUUCACCUCUACGCCCGCACACAUUAAUACGGCAUUGAUGGUAAUGCAUGCAAGGAAACCACCGAGAUUCAGUGAUGGGUGCAGUGACCGAAGGGAUUCUCAAUCCUACCAGACCUACAAAUAUCCAUUGAAGAACCACCCAGUCACUGACCAACGUCAUGAGAAAACUAGAGAUGCAUCAGAUUCCACCCCACCUAGCAAAAUGUUCCGCCGCUCUGACAGUCCCGACGGCAAACCUACCGACCUUAUAGCACUUAGCAAGGCGAAAUCAGUCCAUACACAGCGUCAACGAGAAAGAGAUGGCGGAACCAGCUGCUCUCCACAGGAGAACUCUCUCAGCCACAGCAGCCACCACGGAUCAAACUCUCACUCCCAUCCAAGCAAAGCUUCAGACAUGCCACACGAGCCUGCAGAUGACUGGUCAGAGCACAUCAGCUCCUCUGGAAAGAAGUACUACUACAACUGCAGAACCGAGGUCUCUCAAUGGGAGAAACCAAAGGAUUGGGUUGAGAGGGGGCAGAGACCGAAAGAAGCCUCUAAAUCAAUGCUCACUGUCAACAGCUUUCCCAAAGACCGGGACUACAGACGAGAAGCCAUGCAGGCUUCAGCCACCAGCGCCUUCUCCAGUACCAAGAGUGCUGCAGCGGACAACCCCACCAGCCAUCCAGCUUCAUCACAGUCCGCCUCCACUUCCUCCUCUUCAUCCGCCUCCUCCAGUGCUGCACAGGGCAUGAACCCCUCAGGGGCCUCCACCUCCACCUCCUCCUCCUCCUCAGUUCCUGCCUCCACCUCCUCCAGCACCACGAUGCAUGCGUCCUCCGCCCUCCAGUCCUCCAGCGCCGCCCUGCUGCAAGACCCGGCUCUGCUCCGGCAGCUGCUGCCUGCCCUGCAGGCCACGCUUCACCUCAACCAUGGCAACGUGGAUGUGGCCAAGCUCAACGAAGUUCUCACCGCCGCUGUCACACAAGCUUCCUUACAGUCUAUGCUUCAUAAACUUCUCACUGCUGGACCGUCUGCUUUCAACAUCACUACUCUGCUUUCCCAAGCUGCCCAGCUCUCCACACAAGCCCAGACAUCAACCCAGUCCCCGAUGUCGCUGCCGUCAGAUGCCUCGUCUCCAAGGUCUUAUGUGUCUCCACGGGUCAGCACCCCUCAGAUCAACGCAGUCUCCCUGAAGCAACACCUGAGCACAGCUGCGCUGUCCUCCCAGCCGAAGGUUAAUGCAUCGCUGGUGAAGUCAGGAUCAGCCGCUCCACAGGCCUUCACCCCUGCCGAGAAAGCCCUGGAAUUGGAGGAUCCACGUCUGCACCGACAGAAUAGUCAGGGCAGCACUUCGCCGGCUUCCAACCAUGUGGCUGGUGGAGCGUCAGUGUGCAGUGGUGGCACUGGUACAUUACCCAGCAGCACCCUAGCCUCUGCCGGAACCCCUGGCCGACCUCAGAGUGGGUUCACGCCUUCGCUGGUGACCCACUUCAACGAGAAUCUCAUCAGACACGUGCAGGGCUGGCCUACUGAACACGUGGAGAAACAGGCCUCACGGCUGAGGGAGGAGGCCCACAACAUGGGCAACUUGCACAUGUCGGACAUCUGCACCGAGCUGAAGAACCUCAGGUCUUUAGUGCGUGUGUGUGAGAUCCAGGCCACUCUCAGAGAACAGAGGAUACUCUUCUUAAGACAACAAAUUAAGGAGCUGGAUAAGAUGAAGAAUCAGAACUCCUACAUGAUUUAAGGGCCUAGGGGAGUUGGUUACAAGACCAGGCUCUGACAACAGAAACACCUAGACCCACACACACUCACACUCACACUCACACUCACACUUACACACACACUCACUCUCUCUCUCUCUCUC